AUGAUGGCGCGGGAAGCGUCCGCAAGCGUCUCGGACGACGACGCGCGCGCGGGAAGACGCGCGAACGCGUCGACGUCGAGCGAGAGCGAGAGCGAGAGCGAGACGUCGCCGAGAGCGCGCGCGGUGGUGGACGAUGGGUGCUUGGAUUCCGAUGAUUUCGAGACGAGCCUGAAAGCGCUCGAACCGCGCCGACGCAACAUCGACGCGACGAUACGAGCGCAAGAGCGCGCGUGCGUCGAUAUCACGCUCGCCGUGGACGCCAUGCGGGCGUUCUUGACGAACGCGCGCGAUGAUGAAGAGUCGAGCGAAGGCGCGGAGGAGCGGCGAGACGCGCUCGAGGCGGCGGCGCUGACGAAGAGGAUCGUCGCGAUCGCGAUGGAAACGAGAGCGAUCGUGAAUAGGGUGAGGCAAAAGUUGAUUGAGGCUGGGUUCGUGGACGUCGAGGCGUUGACGCCUUACGAUCCAGAGGCGUAG